GUGGGGGCGCUGGCGGAAGCCUCUGCCCCAGCUCAUUCCCGCUCCCUAGCAUGACCCUCAAGGUCCAACAGCUGGCCAGGGAGCAGCAGCAGUGUCACAAGGAGUUGCAACAGGCGUACUGUGAGCUGAGCCGGAGGAUCACAGAGCACGAUCAGUGUGAGUGGAGGUGCGUGGACAAGACCAAGCUCACGCUGCAGGCCAUCAAGGACGCAGAGGCCCAGGUGGACAGGCUGCGGCAGGAGGCCCAGAAGGCCGAGGAGGCGCUGGUUAUGGCCAGGCUGGAGCUGCGGGAGCAGACGCAGGAAGGGGAGGAAGAGGCGCCCGGGCUGAAGUGCCAGGUCACCGAGCUGCAUGACGUGCUGAUGAAAGAUGUGGGCAACCGCAUCCGCGCCGACGGCCGGUGGCCUCUUGUCAUUGACCCUUCGGGCCAGGCAGCCACCUUCCUGCGCUACCAGGACACCAACUAUGUGGACACAGUGAACCCGGAGCACCUGAAGCCGGAGAGGCUGCGGCUGGCUCUCCUGGGGGCUCUGCGGUAUGGGAAGCCGCUGGUGUUCGACCUGCGUGAGGCAGACCUGUUCCCAGCCGUGCAGCGGCAGCUGGAGGCGGUGCAGCCUGGCCUGGCGCAGGCACUGCUGAGCCGCGGCCUGCUGGAGCAGGAGAGGUACCUGUCGCUGCUGCGGCCCACGGAUGGGCCAGAGUAUAGCCCCACGCAGUUCCAGGAGCAGCGCCUGGGGCACUUCCGCCUCUUUUUCGUCACCAAGGUCCAGUGGCCGCCAGCCGAGCAGCUGCAGGUGCUGCUCCCGGUGCGUGUGCAGCUGCCGGGCACAGGCCUCUAG